AAAUUUUGUUUACAUACUUGAUUUCUAGUAUAUUUUGCUGUUUUGAAUACUCUGAAUAAGUUGUGAUUAAAUAUUCGUGAUGAAGCGUAAAUAUUGGGGAUCUUUCGAAGACAGCAGUGAUAAGAAAAAAGAGGUUUCCAGUAAUGAAAUCAUCCUUCCAAUGACAAAAAUGGAAAAAUUUCAACAAAUAAAGCUACCAUAUACAAUAACACGACGAAAACGCAUACCUUUGAAGAAUCCACUCGUGACACAAACGGUUGAAGUGAUGAAUCAAACCGAAAUGAUCCAAACACUAAUCGAUACAUAUUCAACCAAAUCGGGUCAUAGUUAUAUUCUUAACCCGUGUCAGCUGAUGCCCAACAUUGAUUUCCCUCCGGCAAACACGGCAGAUCUCAGCAAUUAUGAAAAAAUAACUCGUCCCUUCUGGUUUGUGAACCCCCAUGAGAGCAAGUUUACGCGGGGCGAGCCUCAGAAUUAUCCCAAACUGUCGAGACCAGUUUUGUUGCAAGCCCUGCGAAAAGUGAUCUGUGGUUUGCUGAGGGUGAUUGGCUUUUCCGAGAUCAAUGAGUCGGCUCUCAUAAUGAUGAUCGAUGGUGUUGAUCAGUUCAUGAGCCUGCUGUGCGAAUCAAUGCGUGAUGUUUUAGUCAGCGAAAGUCGCGAGACGGAAUCAGUCCUAGAUAUACUGACGCUCGAGAAAGGCUUUUAUUCGGUAACGAAGAAAAGCAUCACCAGUUUGCACAAUUAUUACAAGGAAAUUGAUAACAAAAACAAAAAUGAAAUACGAGAGUUCAAGGACAUUUUUCAGGAGUAUGACAAAUUACUGCAGGAGAAUCACUUAUCGGCGGCACAGAGCCUACAGCAGACGGGUGCCAAGAUGGGAGAAAUUAAAGAGGAAGAAUAUAUAAGUUUUCUGGAUGUCGGACAGCAUUCACAGCAAUCCACCGGACCGUCGGCCAUCAGUUCAGUAACAAAUACUAUGGAUGGAACAUCCACCAUCAACAUCAUUAGUUUCCUUAACGGAGACGGCACAGGCACAAGCAGCCUCAAAGACAUUUUAGAAGGUAAUCUAUUGGAAACGAAUCGAGAUUCCUCCUCAGACCAUACUGGACAACAACAGCCGCAAGAGUCUUAUCAUUCCGAGACUUAGGCCUGAUAUUAAUACAAAUACUAAAACUCUAUGUGUAUCGUUUAUCAAUCUCAUUUGAAAAGA